CUUCAAGUAAUAUAAAAAGGGGCAUCCAUACUCAUAUCUUUUCUUCUUUUGCUCGACAUUCCUAAACGUGACUUACCAGCAAUGAUCCUUUCGACAACAAGUACAUUAGCGAUCACAACAGCAAUAUUUGUUGUUCUUUACUGUUGUCGUGGAGGCUUCUAUUACCGCACGGUGGCUAAUCUUUUAUGCUUGGCCGUCGCUGCAACCUACGGCAUGGCCAUUGCAGUAAUCUUACGAAUCCUUGGUCGAGCCGACUUGAUCAACUGGACGAGCACGCGUCUUUACUAUUAUCUCUUCAGUAUUUUCACCGGCAUAUCGGUCAAAGUUGAGGGCGCCGAACACUUGGACAACAGCAAGAAAGUCAUUGUUUGUAAUCAUCAAAGCAGUCUGGAUAUGGCGUUUGGAAGCCAUGUGUUCCCCAAGGCUACUUCCGUUGUGGCAAAAAAAGAUAUCAAGUUUUAUCCCAUCCUGGGCUGGUAUCUGUCAUUAAGUAACAACAUCUUUUUGGAUCGUAAGAAUCGAGAUGGUGCAGUGAAGGCCGCAAGAGAAGCAGCGAAAGAUAUUCAUAGAAAGCAGACUAGCGUUUGGAUCUUCCCCGAAGGAACGCGUCAACGUAGUGGCGUCGUUGACCUGCUACCAUUCAAAAAGGGUGCAUUCUAUAUGGCUGUCCAAGCCAAGGUUCCUAUUGUUCCCGUUGUGAUGGAAAAGUAUGACUACUUGUACGAUUCAAAAGCCAAGAGAUUCAACCCUGGCACUGUUCGCAUCAAAAUACUUCCUCCCGUCCCUACUGACGACGUUUCUGAAGAUUCUGAAGCUGUCGAAAAACUGAGUGCAAGCAUUCGCGAGGACAUGUUGAAAACAUUAAAAGAGCUUGCAGCAGCUCGAGAACAAGAAGAAAAGGUUGCGAAAGCGACGGGUCAUCUAUGAAAAACCGUGGGCUAUGACAUAUUGAUAAUGCCUCCCGUGUUAUCCAUCACUCUUCUUUGUCUUUAUACCCACAACAACUUGAAAUAAAAGUAACGGAAACUUAUAGAAGCAAGAGCAAUAUAUUACAAACAAAUGCGUGUG